AAGGCUUGAAAUAAACCGCACGAACCAUUUGUGAAGCAUGACAACCGACAUUUUCAGUCGUGUAAUCAUAACAUUUGAGAUACAUAAUAAUCCGUGAUCAAAGUACAUUAAAUAGUUCCUUGGACGUUGGUAUGCCCUACGUGACUCCCAUGCGUAGGACAUCUGUUGAAAUUCCAUUGUAAUCCAAUGGAAAUUACCCUUGUGUCUCGAUAUUUCAAGUACUUGGCGGGCUUAGUUUUAUUCAACUUAUGUGAUUCAAAAUAAGUAUAGCGCCUUUGGGACAAAUAAAGGAAAUAAAACUAUCCCAACUUGCAGUUAAUGAAAGUGAACGUGUUUAUUUAUAGUUGUCAAUAAUGACUCAGGAGUAGUUGUACUAUGGUUUAUUCACUCUCUAGCGUGAAUGAAGAACACCUUGCGGUCCUGUCCAUAUCUGCAUGGCCAGGGUCAUUGUUCGAACACAUUGUUGCAAAAAAUGAGACGCAGUCUUGCUCCGAGUCAGGUUGCAAAACGUUGCAUUGAGGAUAAUUCAGUUACUUCUAAGAGACUGAGCAAACGAAGCUGCCAGGAGCCAACUAGAAAACCAUUGGCCCAAUUGUCUGCAGAUCAGCAACAACUUCGUACUCCAGAAGUCAUUUCAGAGCAUGAAGCUCUCAUCAGGAAGUUGUUGUCAAAGCCUUUCAAAGUGCCAAUACCAAACUACCAGGGUGUACCUGGUGGGCGCUUCCUCGGGGUUGGGAGAAGCAGAUGUCGAUGUUCUCUGCAUGAUCCGAAUGAGCCAGGUGCACUUAUACUAUAUGAACCACAAGAACUCAGUGCUCAUGACAAGCUGAAACUGGAUCUUGACAAGCAACCAGUACACGUGGUGGUGGAUCCAACAUUAUCAAAUAUCCUACGUCCCCAUCAGAGGGAGGGUGUCAAGUUCAUGUAUGAAUGUGUGACGGGUCAGCGCAUACCAGGCAGCUAUGGGUGCAUCAUGGCAGAUGAGAUGGGACUGGGUAAAACACUGCAGUGUAUCACAUUAAUGUGGACAUUGUUAAGACAAGGACCUGACUGCAAGCCAACAAUUGAUAAAGCAGUUAUAGUGGCUCCUAGCUCACUAGUUAAGAACUGGUACAAUGAAAUUAACAAGUGGCUGUGUGGACGAGUGAAUGCGUUGGUUAUUGACUCAGCCUCCAAAGAUAAGAUCGACAGAGACCUAGAAGGAUUCAUGCAGACUUAUUCUCGAAGGCCUGUAAAUCCAAUUCUGAUCAUCUCUUAUGAAACCUUCAGACUGCAUGCGUCUGUCCUUCAUAACGGUGAAGUUGGACUGGUAUUGUGUGAUGAGGGUCAUCGUCUGAAGAACAGUGAGAACCAAACUUAUCAGGCUUUAAUGGGACUAAAUGCCAAACGACGUGUCCUGCUAUCUGGCACUCCAAUACAAAACGAUCUACUUGAAUACUACAGUUUGGUUCAGUUUGUAAACCAAGGGAUUCUGGGAACUGCUCAGGAAUUCAGACGUAAAUUUGAGACUCCAAUUCUCCGAGGACAGGACGCUAUGGCAACAUUAGAGGAACGGCAGAAAGGUCAGACAUGUCUGGAUGAGCUAGCAGCCAUUGUAAACCGCUGUUUGAUUCGUCGUACAUCUGCUUUAUUGUCUAAGUAUCUGCCAGUGAAGAUUGAACAGGUGAUCUGCAUCAAACUCACAGACAUUCAGCAAAAAAUAUAUUCAAAGUUUAUAGCCAGUGAUGCCAUCAAAAGAACUGUUCAAGGAGGAAGCAGUGGUAAGGUCACUUUAUCUGCAUUGUCAUCUAUCACAACCUUGAAGAAGUUGUGCAAUCACCCAGACCUUGUGUUUGAAAAGGUGGAGGCAGUUGAUGAUGGUUUUGAAGGAGCCCUGUCUCUGCUGCCUGACAAGUACAACCCAAGGAAAAUAAUAAUGCCAGAACUAUCUGGAAAGUUGGCAGUAUUGGACUGUUUACUGGCAGUUGUUAAGGCAACAACACAAGACAAAGUUGUGUUGGUGUCAAAUUAUACACAGACACUGGAUCUCUUUGAAAGGCUGAGCAGACACCGUGGUUACCAAUACGUUCGUCUGGAUGGAUCCAUGACAAUCAAGAAAAGAGCUAAGGUAGUUGAGAAAUUCAAUGACCCAUUGAGCAAUGACUUUAUCUUCAUGCUGAGCUCAAAGGCAGGUGGUUGUGGGCUUAAUCUGAUUGGUGCAAACCGCCUUGUCAUGUUUGAUCCCGACUGGAAUCCUGCCAAUGACGAUCAAGCCAUGGCACGAGUGUGGCGAGAUGGACAACGCAAACAGUGUUACAUAUACAGGCUUCUAUGUACAGGGACAAUAGAGGAGAAGAUAUUCCAGAGACAGGCACAUAAGAAGGCUCUGAGUUCCAGUGUUGUUGACAAUGAGGAGGAUGUUGCUAGACACUUCUCACAGGCUGACCUUAGGGACCUAUUCAAGCUGGAAACUGACACCCUCAGUGACACCCAUAACAAAUUCCGAUGUACACGAUGUGUCAACAGGAUACAAGUUAAACCUCCUCCAGAGGGAAGUGACUGUACUUCUGACCUAUCAUGUUGGAACCACUGUGCUGACAAACGAGGGUUGCUGGACCUUGUUUUGAAACAGUGUUGGGAUGUGGGAAUCUCAUUUGUGUUUCAUCACCGCUCUCAUGAGCAGAAAGCCAUUCCAUAAUAUUAAUUUUUCUGGAUACUCAGACAUCUUAUAGGGAUAUGAACUCUGUAAUUACUGUCAUGUGAAGCUAUAGACUGCUGUCUGGCUUGACAACACUAAUUUGUUUCAUUUGUUUACUUUUUAUUAUAUGGCACCAGGGGAUUUUAAUGCCUGUAUCACGGGGCUGUCGGCUGCUCUUUAGCUCCAGAUUUAACGAUUGAGUGGUACAUUAAUAUGAUGCUCAACCAUCUGAAUCUUGCAUUAGCUGGAUGAUAAAGGUUAACAGGUUGUAACAAAUUGUUACUAUUUUGGUAACACUGCUAGAUAUUCAGCAUGAAGUAUUUGAGUGUUGUGCAGAGAAUUGUGAACUGUUUUGUAUGUCAUAAAUGUCUAUGAGUAUAAUAAAUUGUUACCAUUUUUAUUUAAGAAAAUUGUUGGGAAGGUGAAGACAUUACAACUUCCAUACAGUGAAGUGUGAUCUGCUAACACCAGGAAUUAGUGAACAUUUAUUUGUCAUAACAAAACUUAUCCAAACAAAUAUAUGCUGACACAAUGUUUUGUGAUGCAUUUUGAUUUUGUGUAUUGAAAAUUAUUAGACAUCCUAGAUCUUAUUAUUCCUUGCCAUUGUUGCUAAAAUUACAACAUUUGCUCUUCUAAUUGUUAUUUCUUUUUUUGGGUGUUGGGCUAUACUGAACAUGAAGUGCCAAUUCCUUUUGUGAUAACUAUGCUUAUUAGAGAAACAUUUUUGUUCCUUAGAUUUUUUAUCUUGACACUUGACUUAUAAGUUUUAUAUGUACAUAUUUUUAGGCAUUGUGUGUUCAGUGUUAAUGAAACAAUUAUUGUAUUGAAUGAAACAGCUGGACAAAUAAAAUAUGUCUACUUCUGCCAUUUCCCUUCUUAGCAA